UGCAAACCAGGAAGAGAACACGUUAAGCGAUCAAGAAUAAAAGAAGCGGUCUACCUCAACACACACACACAAGGCUUCGCCGCUCCUCCGCCUCGCUCAUCGCCAUGCCCUCCCCUUCCUGGCCGUCGCUCUCCUCCAGGCCUACCAGGCGCCCUUCCCCGGCAUCUAACCAUGGCGGCGGCCAUAACAACCUCGUCCCCAGCAUCACCAUCUGCCCCUCCUGCAAGAACUCCCCCUCCGCCGCCACCGUUGACCUCCUCAUCCUCGUCCUCGUCCUCUGCUCCUGCGCCUUCCUCAUCGCCUCCUCCCUCGCUCACCUCGCCCGCGCCGCCGCUCUCCUCCUCCCUGUCUCCCCCGUCCCCGCUCCCUUCCGCGACGCCCCCUACCCCUACCUCGCCGGUCUUCUCCUCUUCUUCCUCGCCGCCUCCCUCGCCGCUGCCCAACUUUCCUGCCGCCUCCCCUCCCUCCUCCCGUGGUCCCGCCGCCGCCGCUGCGGCAACCCUCGCUGCCGCGGCCUCAAGAAGGCCCUCGAGUUCGACGUCCAGCUUCAGACCGAGGAGUGUAUCCGAUCGCCUGACUCUUCGCAAUCCGCCGCCUGGAAGGAGAUCGACGAUCUUCCCUGGAAGGGCGGGCAGCAGGGGAAUAAUCCCGACUAUGAGUGCCUCCGGGUUGAGCUCAGGAGGAUGGCGCCGCCCAACGGUCGCGCCGUGUUGCUCUUCCGCGCCCGAUGCGGAUGCCCUGUGGCGAGGCUCGAGGCCUGGGGGCCCAAGCGGGGCCGCCGCCACAAGAGAUCUAGUUGGCUCAGUUCACAUCGUUCAUAAAAUAUCAAUAGUUCUUGCUAACUCAAAAAGAGGUUUGAGGUGAGGUGAAUCGCUCAUAUUGAUUGCUGAUGUCUAAUCUUUUAUAUGAUGGAGGAAUGAAACUAUAUGGUGAAAGUGAUCAAGUAAAAUGUCAAAUCAUUCCACUGAUACACAGGUGUUCUCUUUAAAUUGAGUGAAAUUGGAAGAAGGGGAAGUUCUAUAAGCUAGCAUUCAACAAAUUGGAGAUGCUAGCUAUCCAGGCAAUCAGAUCAUGUAGAUCAAAAUGAAAAAGAAGGGUGCCUUGGUGUCAGUCAAGUUUUUUAGCAUGACUUUAUUUUGGAUCUGACAGUUCCCUGUUAUAACCCCUAUUUCUUUUUAUUUCUUCUAAUUAUCAGUGAAAACUGAACUGAAUCAUAGGAGUUAAUUAUCAUAAUCUUAGGUUUACAUAGGCCAUUUAUGAAGCAAGUGAUGAAGAUGACUAUAUUGUACAAAUGUUCGUCACUCGCAAAAUUAGGAGUAGCCUGAAAAUAUCCUAAUAAAUAGGUACUGUUAUGCAUUUCUUUUUUUUUUCCUUUUUAAUGAUCAUAGAGGAUUCCACGGGACCUCAGAACUUAGAAUUGGUUCCCAAUUCAAUCUCUAUCUUUGUAGAACUUCUGCUUUAUUUUUAAGAGUAGGAAAAUAUUAUAAAGAUGCCAUGUUUUGUAAAGAUGGCAUGGAUAUUAUAUACCUCAGAACUAAAUCACAUCUUAGGAAACUUUCUGGUGUAGAUAUUUCGUGAUUAUAUAAUAUAUACAGUUCUAGGGACACUAGGGAGCUUAGUGGUUUAUCAACAAAUCUUCACUUCUACCAAUCACAUGCUUUUUCUAAGUUGUAACCAUUGCAUUUAGAUAUUUCAAUCCAGUAUGGCUUCUCCAUGGAGGCAAAGAAUGUGGCUAUUCAUAUUUUUCCUGCAAAAAAUAAAAAUCUCGAUCGAUCCAAGGUUUAUCUGAACAUUUUGAGCUUAGUCCAAUCUCAGCUAGUUUGAUUGUUUCCAAGCUGAUCUCACUAAGCUUGGAUUGAUUUUGCCCUGUUCUAUAAUAUGACAACUAGGUUUCGCUAAUCUUGGAUCAAUCCUCAUCCCAAUUCCACGGUUCACUGCCAAUAUUAAACUUAUUUAUUAUAUUUCAUAUCUCACUGACAACUCAUAAAGUAGUUAUUUCAAAGCUUUAAAGCAGUCCAAGAUGGACUGCUAGUACCAGUGAGUUUGAUAGAGUUUAGAUGUCUAAGAUAGAAACUUCUAGUCUAACACUAAUCAGUUGAAGCCUGUAAAGAGUUCAUUUGUACAUAUGAUGCCUAUCAAUGGUUCUUCCAUAGGUGAACAAGUUCGAAUAAAAUUAGUAGCUGUUACUGACCAAAGUGGAAUCUUGCUUAAGAACUCCUUUAUAAAGUUUGAGGGGUUCGAAUAAGUGUGUCCCAAUUGAAGGCCUUGCCUACUUUUUCUACAAACUGUUGGUCAACAUAGCAAUUGUUGAGCGGGAGUACUAUCUGGAGGAUUGAGUUGUCAAUCCUGUCAUAUCAAAAUGAAUAAUGGAGGCCCUAGAUUAAAGGUCUGUGGCAUUGAACUUGUGCCUGAUCUAUGAUUUUCGAAAGCCUAGAAAUGGUAAAUAAAAAAUUUUGAAUUGUUCUAACAUGCAUACUAAUUGGAGGAAUAAUAAAAUGUUUUCACAACAUAGGAUAUAUUUUUAUUUGAUCAAUGGUAUAUAAUUACUGAAACAAGUGGAAUAUUUGUAUAUUUUCAUUGAAUAAUAUAUAGAUUGAAGUCAGUCUAACAUCACUGGUUAUCGCUUUCACACUGUUCAUUUUAAGUCAGCUUGAUGAGAUAAUAUCUAGAUUACAUAUGUUUUGAUUUUUUAAAUUAUUAAAUUCAUAGAUAAUGUUUAACGGAACUGAUGUUUGAUUAGGGGUUUCCAUUAUGGACUUUGAGGUGAUAGGACAGAGGCUUCAGUCCUAGCUCCAUUCUGCAAAAUAACUUUUUUACUUCAUGCUUUCUUGAAUGGCAUAUGAAGUUAAUUUAGAAUCUGUGAUAUAAAUCAAGAAAUGGAAAAAAGAAGAGUAAGAAACUUACAUUUUUGACUUUUUGGGAUUGGUUACAUGCAUCUCUUCAGCCAUCUGAUCCCAUCAAGGAUGAAAUCCAAAAGCUGCCAUAUUCCUCCAUGUGCACAGAUGGUUCCAUUUGUUCAUUUUCUCUUAUUUUCUCCUGGAGUCUUCUUUGAUCUUUUGUCUUUCUCAUGUCAUGUUGAUUAAAUUGGCUGGUUCUGUAAUUGGUGUAUACUGUAUAGUAUUGAAUGAUCAUCUCUCUGACAUGUCUCAUGUUUGAACUAAAGCUACCUAAAAUAAUUCAUUGAUUCACUUUA